GACAUCUGUCCAUCUGGAUGGGAUUACUUCAAUGGAUACUGCUAUUUAACAAGCUCUGUAUGCGCACCUUGGGUGACUGCUGUGUCCAACUGUUCAACUAUGAACUCACAUCUGGUAACAGUGCACAACCAAGAAGAAAAUGUCUACAUUCAGCACCGUCAUAAUGGAGAGCGAUCAUGGAUUGGACUUAAUGACCGAAGCGUUGAGGGAUCAUUUGUCUGGACAAACAAGGAAAUAACCAGUUUUCGGUUCUGGGCUCCGCAACAACCAAACAACUGGAAAAACGAAGACUGUGUUCACACUCUGGGUGCCAAUGAUGGCUACACUUGGAACGAUGUGUCCUGCGAUAACUGUUAUAACUAUACUUGUGUUCAAGGUAAAAGAGGUCAUCAGGUCCAUUUACAAAAUGUAACUUACAUUAAACGGUUCUGCUGUCUCCUUCAAGUUGUCACCUGAAUUAAACUGAUGUAGCGGGUUGUCAUUCGCUGCAUCACUGAUACUUUUUAGUAGGAAAGGUGGUAAUGUCACCAAAACAAUAAUAAUAAUAAAAAAAAAACAUUAAGCGCGCAUUACUGUACUGCCUCUUUUCAUUUCAUGUUUCCAACUCGAGACUCUGAUACCCAUUCACUGGAGAAGUAGAUUUUUAAAAGGAGGCAUGGUAGGCCGGUUUUUUAGAUAGUCUUUGAGGUGUCCAGUUGUGGGAUGAAAACACCAGGUCGAGUGUUUGAUAUAGCCUGUCAAAUGUUUCUUGAAGAAAUGUAGGACGUAGUUAAAAGAACACACAGAUUAUGAAAUCCAGCAAACUUCGAAGAUAAAACAACGCCACUGCAGUUUAAGCUUGGAGCUCCCUGAAGAUGCACAAUCUUUUCUUUUUUUGUUUUUCACAAAAUAACUGUAACUGAAUAUAUUAAUUAAUGCCAGGUUUUGGUGAGAAAAACCAACGGAAGUUGAUUGACCACUCCAACAUUACUGUAGAACGGCAUCUCAAUCAUAAUGGCCUUCAUUUAAAUAAAAUUAGGAACCUCUCAACUUGCUCGUAAUUUUUAAAAAUUUAUUAAGCAUGAGGAUUAGGAUACUGCCGUUUGGGAGCCUGAAAGACAGGUGCUGAAGGAUAAUAAGUGUCAUGUUACGACACGGGGUAAGUCUUAUAAUAUUGAUAACAACUCCUUCGGCCGAGGCUUGGUGAUGGCGUCUCUUAACAUAAAUAGCCUGUUAGCGCAUAUUGACCAGCUUCGCGUAGUUAUGUCUAACUCUGAAAUUGAUAUACUCUCUAUCAAUGAAACGAAAUUAUACUUGCCCGGUUUUGAAAUAAUAAGGAAAGAAAAAGGUGAACGGGUGCAAUGGUGGUGGUGUGUCCUGUGUAACCUAAACUAUAAAAUUUCCGAAGACCUAAGCACUGAAAUUCUUGAAUGUUUUGUUCUAGAAUUUGUUUUUAGAUUUAUCGAAAUUUUUAUUUUUCUCUUCAAGAGUAUUCAUGAGUUCAAGUUGAGAAUAUAGUAAUCUCGGUAAAUAUUCAUAUACGUUAUAACUGACCCUAGAACAAGGUGAUUGAAUGAAGCGUCAUUUCUUCCAGAAAUUGACGAAUGCACAACUGACUAUCACAGAUGUGAUGUGAAUGCUGCUUGUCAGAAUACCGUGGGUUCAUACAAAUGUACUUGCAAAGGUGGAUACUCUGGAAAUGGCCGCAAAUGCGUUGGUGAGUACUGAAGUUUGCUUUAAACAUCUUCUGACUUAAUUUUUCUCUGUGUCAAGUUUAUAUACUGUAUACACUAAAUAAAGAUGUUGUUUGUUAACAAAAAAAAAGUAGUUUCCGUGUCUUUAGUAUCUUUUUAAGGACAUCAUACCGUAUUUACAGUGCUGUAAUUACGUUUUUCAUUCAUCUAUUGUAGUCGUUGAUUUCUUAUAAGAUCCCAGUCCAAGGUGGCAAAAAUAAGCCAUCAACCCUUAGUGGGUAUUUAAUGGAUUUUGAGCAGCUCUAUUUCAGUAUAAGAAUACUUGCACUAAUGUGUGGAACAACAUUUUUACAAGGAUUUUCAUUCUUUCAAUCAAAACAAUUACUUCAAUUAUUUGUUUUGAUUGUAAGAAUUUCAUCGGUAAUAACAUUUUAGUUUGAUAUGAUUAAAAAAAAACUAUUUCAGAGGCAAUAAAAAGCCCCAAGGGUGUCUAAAUAAAGGAAAUUCGGAAGGAAAUAGAAUAUUAAGGAAGAUAUUGCUUUGUUGUUUUUGGAGCAUUACAGCGUGUAAUCGGUGCGUGAUAAUUUUGUCUUUGUUUUCAGAUAUAGAUGAGUGCACAAGCAAGACCCAUAACUGUGACAGAAAUGCGUUAUGUAAGAACAAUGAGGGGUCCUUUACCUGCACCUGCAAUCGCGGUUACAAGGGAGAUGGGAAGAACUGUAAAGGUAUCUUUCUAGCGCUUUUAAAGGCCCGGUUCAAACGCCGAACUUUUCGUGAGCCGAACCUAAUGCGUUAAAUUAGGUACAUGAAAAGGUUCGGCGUCUUAGUCAAUUGGGCCCAGUUUAGGCACCGCACCAGUCAUGUCCCGAACCUGACUGAUAAAUUAAGUACGGCAAAAGAGCGGCGUUUGAAUCAAUUUGGUAUGGCCGUUUUAAUUAGGUGCGGUAGAAACGUCAAGGUCGACAGAGUCUGUCGCAUUAUUCGACAUUGGAGCGGCAUGUGAUUCAUACGGCGCUCCUCUCAAGUGCCGAACCUAAUGCAUACAUGCAUACAUUGAAUUUAUAAUUUUUCCCACAAUACCGCUCGUUUUUACGUAGUUGCCAUGCCCAGAACACUAAAUUGAGAAAAAAGGCGGGUGAAAAAGAACAAUCUUGCUCCUCUUGCUUUAAGAGUGCAAAAUAUACUUGUUUACGGUGCCAGGGAUACUUCUGUAUCCCUUGUUCUGUCUUCGAGAAUGAUGAAAGGUCAAAGUGUCAAGCGGAUGGAAAGCAGGCAGUUCAGUCGCAUAUUGUGAGCCAUGUUUCCGAGAAGUUAUGGAGGAGCAAGAAAAGAUCGAAUGUAAUGAUUCAAAUGAAUUUGGCAAAGAAAGAGAUCUACAGAAGCAAGAAGAAUGGUGUCCUACAAAGUGGAAAUUAAUUAUGGCGUGAAAAUAUGGUAUCUAACCCAGGCUUUUCUCUUUCUCCGUACAUGAAAUAAAGGUUAGGAUCGACACACGGUACGCCGUCUGAAUCAGUUGCCGCGCCAACGUCGCUCUAAAGUCGAACCUAAUUCAGUUAGGUUCUGCACAUAAUUAGUGGAGCGGCUUCUGAACAAUUUAAUUCAGACUCCGAACGUUUCGUGUGCCGAACCUAACGCAUAAAUUAUUAUAACGUAUGUUACAAGCAGUUUGACGGAAAUGAGCAUUUUUCUCCUUUUUCAUUUAUUUGGCUGGAAAUAAGAUCGGCAUCUGAAUCAAUUCAGCCUGUCUAAAUAAUGUGGAUCGGCUUCAAUUCGAAUUAACGGGGCCUAACGCAUUCAUCUUUUUCAUUUUUCAGCAAUUUUCGAAAACUACAAUAUUCGUAUCAGUCAUCGCUUUCCUUUGUAACGCAGAGUGAAAAGAAUAUGACAAUAAAGAAAAGAAACGCAAUUUAUAUGUUUCUCCCUUUUCUCAGAUAUAGACGAGUGCACAAGUAAUACCCAUAACUGUGACAGAAAUCUGCUGUGUAAAAACACUAAGGGGUCUUUCAUCUGCACCUGUAAACCUGGUUACAAGAGAGAUGGCAAGAAGUGUAAACGUAAAUAUUUCAGUACCAAGAUCUUCGUAUUCGCUGCAUUUCAGAUAUAAUUGAUUAGUCAAACACAUUAAAUGGAGUCUUAGCUAUGAACUGGAACUAGCCUGCAGUACAAUUAAGCUUAAGCGGGGGGAUUCUGUUCACAGGCAAAUAGUCAUAUAAUAUUUCUUCAUUAGCCGGUUUAACAGAAUCACUUCUCGUCUGAAUGUAUGAAGUAACACUCGAGGUCCUCUCCUGGAAACCAUAGCAUGUAUAUUGUCGCCAUUAUUUGCUUUGAAAGAGAUUGCAAGUUUCAUUGAUUAACAGAGCUCUGCAAAUCUCUUCUCUUUUGUUUUCAGUAUUCGAAUUGUUAAGGUUAUUGACCCUUGCGGUAUCCUUGGCCAUUUAUAAUUAUAUUUAUAAUUAUCAAACACGUUUUGCUUUCUUCAUUCAAAGCUUACAGGAACAUUACAUUAGGAUACUGCCUUCAAGCGCGGCGUUCCUUGAAGUGGAUCACUAAAUUGUUGAUGCGUAUUUUGUUGUAGCGAUACGCGGGCUGUUUUCCUACGAUCCCGCUCGAUCCUGCAAAGAAAUUAAGGACUUAAGUGCCUCCAUCGGAGACGGGGAGUACUGGAUUGACCCUGGAAGGACUAAAAGGCCUUUUAAGGCAUAUUGUGACAUGACAACUGACGGAGGUAAGGUUUGACUUGAAGAUGACACCUCCUUGCGGCUGGUACGUCAGUUAUUAGAUCAAGUAAAUUCAGGAAAUUCUCAAUAACUAAAUGAGUGUUCAAAAAAUUCACACUUAUUGUUCCUUAAUUGUAACAAUAGGCUUUAUGAUACAAUAUGCACUGUUUCCGCCUCGUUUGACUUCUCCUAUGUUGAACUUAUGACUGCUUGUUUUGGCCCACAUGAGUGAUAAACAUUUAUUAAAUUUCAGGGGGGUGGCUUCUUGUUUCCAACGUUGUUUCGCAUGGUUCGUCUACAACCCAGUUGCCAGUUAAGACAUCGUACCGCGGAGUAAGCAGCAAAGAGAUGUUACUCACAAAAAGCGCCAUGAAGGAGCUGAGGAAGCACUUGCAUUUCACUCAGAUAAGAUUCCACUGCAAAAAAAGAGGAGGUCGUACAUUUCACAUCACCACGGCUGCAAACAGUACAGGUGAAGCUGCUGUGAAAUACCUCAGUGGUGAGACAGAUGUGAUGCCCGCCUCUUGUGGCUCGUUUGUGAUCAUGAGCAAUGAUAACUCGCGGUUAGCAAGAGUCUGCAAGGAUUGGGGAUACCAAAGAGGUUCUUACAAAGUUGGCAAAUGGGGGCACGAGGGAGAUCCGAACAGAUUAUACCAACUCCCUGCUUUUGUACAGGUAGCUUACCACUGGCUUCUUACACCAUCUGGCAGGUGGGAAUGCGACGAUUUUAAUGUGGGAGUGUCCCCUAGCGAUUAUUGGAAAAUCUUUGUGCGAUAG